AUGUUACAAUCUUCCUUGACCUUUCAUGGAGAACACGAAGCUUGGAAGCAAAGAGUUAAUAAAGAAGUAGGGAAUUCCCAAAAAUUCCAAAAUGUUACUGAAAUGGCUCUCGGUGCUAGUGAAAGCAAUGGAUUUACCAACGCUACAGGGGCUUCAAUGGCAAUCCAACCUUAUUUUAAAAGCAACCUAAACAGAAAUUAUUUGAAGCAAGGAAAUUUCUACAUGCUGGAUUCUACAUACCUCGUUGCUAGCAAUCCGAAUUCAAUGAGAGAUCAAGGUCCUUGUAGAAACUCUGAAUAUUACUUCAGACCAUCUACAUCAGAUGGAAGGGGGGAUGGAUUCUCAUCGAGUGGAUUUGCUACUUUCUCGUAUCAAAACCCCCAAAACUCUAGAAAACAGUUUGUGAAAACAAAAGGAAACAAGAAAGUUCAGAACAUAAUUGAUCAUAAAAACAAGGGUGUGUAUAGCUAUGGAGGCAAAACCAGAAUUGGUGCUAGAUUUCAUCAUAAGAAUGCUAACCAUGCUCUUGUUGAUUAUGAGCCGACCUUUAGCAAAACCGCCAACAGAUGGACAAAAAGUGUUGAUAGUUCUAAGCAACCCAUCACUAAAGAGCUACAUCAUAGAGUCAAUGACUAUCAGAAAAAUAUAUCUCAAAGUAUUUUUAGCCCGGGCAUGACUCUUGAAAACAAGGCUAGGAAGGUAGCUUCUGCUAAAAAGAACACUAGAAGAAUAGGAGGACAGAGAAGAUCCAUCCAUGUUCCUAACGACAUGAAGGCUUACAAUCCACAGAGAGAAAAUGCGUUCCAACUUGCUAAAGCAGGCACUCCUAAAAAGUCUAUCCAUUCCAAGUCUACUAGAAGCUAUAAGAGUGCUCAUUCUUUGUCUAGAAAGCUUGAUAAAGAAAGAAGAAUAAGACAGAAAAUGGAAAGAGAAGCGAAAGAGAUUAAAGAUACUUUGUCUUCUUUUUAUAAGAAGAGAUAAUCCUGCC